GGUCGUGGGCGCGUGCUUAGUCAUGCUUUUCAGGAAUACAGAGCAGUAAUCUUCUACACAAUUCUUCUGUGCCGCGUCCGGGUCGUCUUAUCAGUCCGUGUCUCAUUCAUUCAAUCUCCGUUGACACUUAAAAAAGAAACCAUCAUAUAACAUAACCCAUGUGCCACGUCUUCACGCGGCGCAAAAAGUCAUCAUAUCUUUCUUCAACAAUGCAGCUCAGUCUGCACUUCCCGUGCCUUCUCACACAAUAAAUUCACUUGAUAUAACUCCCCACAACGACGUAGAACGCUCUUCACGGAAAGACAGACAUCUAGUCUCUACCGUCUCGUUAUUGCGAAUAUUUGCCUUUAGUCGACGGACACUCGCCGGUGUCAUUCCAGUGCCUUGUUUGCCAAAUUUUGCAAUGUCGAGAUCAUUUUCAGAUAUCCCGGCCACUCCGCGUGUCAUAUCUCCGUCUCCAACCCCGUCGGAACUAUCUCAAAAUGGAGAGUAUUUUGGACCUAUGACCAGAUCUGCGAGAAAGAGGCUGUCAGCGCAGACGCUCCCAAUAGAUGAAGGAAUAGACGAGGGUGAAACAGACCCCGAGGACUCAGCUAUUGAGUUGGAUAGAUCCAGGACAAGGAGCCGAAGUCCUCUGAAAUCUCGAAAAGCAGCAACUUCCACAGUAAAGAAUACGAAAAAGUCUUCCAAGCCUACAGAUAAUGUCCGUCCAGAAGAAACAAAUGGUACAAAUGGAAAGGCGUCAAAUGGGCACCUGUCCCCCACCAGCGCAAGAUCAGGCUGGAGCUGGAGAGACUUUAGCAGAAGCCCUAGUCCUUUGGGACUCAUACCUAUUCACAGACAAUGGAGGUCGUUCGUACAUCGCCACGAAAUACCAAGAAAAGCGUUGCACGUUUCCAUUGGAUUCUUCACGAUUUGGCUUUAUAUAUCUGGUGUACAAACAAAUGCUAUUACACCUUACCUAAUGGGUGCCCUUAUACCCAUAGCAACCGUUGAUUAUGUCCGACAUAAUUACCCGGCUUUUAACGGUUUAUAUGUGCGGUUACUUGGGGCUUUUAUGCGGGAAACCGAGUACGAUGGAUGGAAUGGUGUCAUCUGGUAUUUACUUGGCGCGUGGAUCGUUCUUGGAUUCUUUCCGAAAGAUGUCGGUGUAAUGGGAAUACUUCUUUUGAGCUGGUGUGAUACAGCGGCGAGUACUUUUGGGCGGGCCUAUGGUAGAUAUACUCCACGGUUAAGACGUGGUAAAUCACUUGCUGGGUCUCUCGCUGCAUUCGGCGUUGGCGUGGUCACCGCAGCCGUGUUUUGGGGAUGGUUAGCACCUAGAACCGGCCCCUUUCCCGAUGAUCUGGACUGGCCCUUUAUGUUCUCGGGAGAUUUGACCCUUCCUGCGGGAAUCCGGGAUCUUAUUGGUUUGAAUGAGGCUCAAAGCGUCAUUUCUGGGGGGUUGGCUUUAGGUAUAAUGAGUGUUUGGACGGGUUUCACGGCGGCAGCUAGUGAGGUGGUAGACAUAUUUGGGUGGGAUGACAACUUGACCAUCCCGGUACUCAGUGGGAUUGGCAUGUGGGGAUUUUUGAAGAUAUUUGGUUAGGAGGAUAAAAGGCAAUAUAAUCAUAGGCACAGGAGGCGUUCCGGGUAGCUCAGCAUAGCGAGCGUUCUAGAGAUGAGAUGGGGCGAUGACGCAUCUUCUAAUGUGCAUAUAUGGAUUCACUUCACACCGAGUUUAUGUCAUGUAAGGAGGGAGUACAAAAUAGAUGUAUUAGUAGGACAAUCCGAAAAUUCUAAAUACCAAGCACAAGCA